AUGUUUAAUAAGGGAGAAUGUUGUAAAUACUUUUAUUACAAGGUAAAAAAUAAUAUAACAGAUACUUUUGAUUUAAAUUGUGGUGAUACUAAUGAUUGUCAAGAAAAAUUAAGAGAACAUAUACUGAAGAAUUUUGAUGCAAGUAUAUCUGAUGUAUGUAUAAACUCUUCUAUCAAUGUUGAUAAAAAUACAAUUAAUAUAUUUGAUAAUCUUGAUGAACUUGUUAGCAGUUCUAAUAAAAUCUAUUAUGGUCAUAAAAACUAUUCGGACCUUCAAGCACUUAUAGGCCGUAUGAAAUUCGUAGAAGGAAGCAAAUUUAAUAAUCGUGAGUGUAUUAGAUUAUUAUUGAAAAAAUAUUAUGGUUAUUAUAAAAAUUAUGUGAAAACCGAACUUAAAGAUAAAGCUAUAAAUUCUUACCUCACUUAUAAUGAUAAGUGCAUUAAUGGAAUAUUGAAUGUAGUGUCAGGGACGAAUGGAAAUAUACAGGAAGCAGAAGGACAAACAUAUUUUGCUGAAGUUAGAGAAGCACAUACAGAUUUUGCUUCAGGUACUGGUACAUGUAUAGGUUUUUCAUCUUUUGCAAACUUAGAAAUUGCAUUCAUUUUGCAUAAGGUGAUAAAGGAAAUUCAUUUAAUAAAUUUAUGUUGUAUUAUAAUUUAUCUUAUAAAUAAUUUAGAAAUAUUGAUAUAA